AUGAUCGAUCUUCUUGCUGAUUAUCUAAAGUGCGAUGAGUUUGGUAAUCUCUAUUAUUGAUUAGAUUAGAGCAUAGAAUAUGAUGAUAAUUCAAAAGAUUUAGAAUAACAGCUUUAAACAUUUCUUUAGUCUGAAAAUUUCAAUGGUAGUAUAUUAACUUUUAUUUUAUUUAGUCUCAUUAUAUUAAAAUAACAUUAAUUUUAGACAUCAUUUAAAAGUUUUUAUUUAAUUCAAGAAUGCUCUUUUGGAAUUGAUAUGAAAUAUCAAUAAAAAUUAUCUUUAGUAUUAUUUUUAAUUAAUUAUAUAGGUUUUAUCAUUCAUGGAAAAUCAGUAGAAGAGUAAAUGAUGAAUUUUUAAGAGAAUCAUUUCAAAUCAUAGUAUUACUAAGUAGAUUGAUUGAAUUAGAUAGAAAAAAUGAUAAAUAAUGGUUAUUUUAAGAUACAAGAUUAUAAGAAAUUCCUGAACUUUCUAGAUAUAAAGAUCUAUAUGAAAGCAAAAUGAAAAAAAGGAUAGAAGAAUAAUUGCAUUUUUUUGUAAACAUGUUAUGGAAAAAAAGAAUGUUGAAAUAUCUAUGA